ACACCCUAUAGUUUCCCUCCGUGGAGGGUGAAACUGUGAACAAGGGUGACAUAGGAGGUUCCCGGCUCCCUUCCACUCUCCUACAGAACCCAGUGGGGGAUCCAGGGCGUGUAAACGGGCGUGGCUUCAGUCAGGAUGAGGAAAAUCGUAGGUUUGGCGCCUGGAAGUCCUUAGUCUCCACUGAGACGCCACACGGCGCAGUCGAACGCGCGGAAUUCGGUUGUUGAGAGUGAAUCUUGGUACCGUUGUGAUAAUUUGAAGAUUGAGAACAUUGCAAAAUGAUGCACACGAUGAGCGAACACACGGGAGGCGCGGGAGGUUUGGGUGUUAACGUGCUACCCUUCGAAGGAAUGGGGUUGUUCGAGCCACAGAGACCCAGGUACUUUCAUAAGAUGCCUCGGGUGGUUCCUGAUCAGAAGGCGAAGUUUGAGACGGAUGAGCUGUUUAGGAGACUGAGCAGGGAGAGCGAGGUCAGAUAUACUGGUUACCGAGACAGACCAGUCGAGGAACGUCAAGUACGCUUUCAAAAUGGCUGUCGAGAGGGGUACACGGAGAUCGCGUUCGCAGCGACCGGUACGAACCUCCAACUCGUUUUUGGUAACGCUUCCGCGAACUACGCCGAUGACAUCAACGACUGCGAUUUUGAGAAGGAACGUGGCAAGGUUCACAUGAGGUCCCGCCUAAUAAUGAACGGCGUCUGCGUCCUCUGGCGAGGCUGGAUCGACCUGGAGCGUCUCGACGGCGUCGGCUGUCUGGAAUACGACGAGAAACGCGCCGCCGAAGAGGACGCCCUUCUCCGAGAGCAGUUAGAACGCUACAAGCAAGAGAUCCGACUUUUCGACGACAAACAGCGAGCGUACAGAAGCGGAGCCGUCCAGCCGCCUCACCUGAACCACCGUCAUCACCAUCACCACCAUCAGCACGGUCAUCACGGACACCACGUGACCGGAACAGGUACCGGCACACCGGGAUCCAUCGAACCGCAUCUGACCCAUCGACAAGACUCCGAGAUGGAAGUGAGACUGAGAGCCUACUGAGGUCAAGAGAUGCUAGCCAGCGAAUCUCGAAACCUCUUCGACUUCGGACUGUUUCUUAAUCAUUUGCGCGAGCUGGCUGGAGAAAAUCGCGAGAGAAUCAGGAGGAACCUGGACGACAGGAGCUUCAGGUCGUUUGGAGAGUAGAUUCUGAAAUUGCGUCGAGUAGGUUCCCAAUCGCGAUUCGUCGCCAGGUUAACGAAUCCCAAGUUUUAUAAUCAUACGUGUAAGGUAUCGAUCGCGACUCAGAACGUCCUUUCGGAGAAUCGAUACUUCGAGAUUCUUUUGACUCUUCCCGAAAACGGAUUCGAAAUGCAUAUCACUUCGUGUUUCAACGAAUUAUGGAUUACGUCCAUAAUGUAUAGUCAUCCAUUUGCAUAAAUCAUUUACGUAAAUCGGUACACUUAAUGUAUAUGUAAGAGUGUAUGAGAUUUAUGUAAAUGAAUGUAAAUGUCGCGUCCGAGUUUUGUGGAAAGAAACGUUAUCGAACAGUGACGUCAGAGGAGGAUGAUUCAGAAUGCUUACGACUUACGGAUUUCCUUCUGAGUCGUCGACCGAGUUUUCGUUUUUUUACGGCUGACGAUCUUUCUGUUGCAUUGUACAUAUUUGUAAAGAGUUAGGUUAAUUUGACGGCGUGUGAAACCCGGGGAAACCCACUGUGCGGAAUCUAUCUUCGCCGAUACGAUUGUAAAAAGCUGUUUAUCGAUUAAAUGCGAUU